CUUCAGGAGAGUGCUCACUGUAGACUUCUUCAGGUCCUAUAGAGCCAUAUGUGAGGGAAUAGGCGGGCUGGGGCUUAGGGCACAUUAGCACUGACAAUCCCAAUUCCCAGGAGGAUUAUUAGGAAAUGCUGACUGGAAAUAAAGCGUCGUCCCCCUCCACACAGAGCAGGCGAGUGAGCGGAGAAUGUCCAUACAUGGCACCCAGGUGGCACUCUCACACAGCGGCCCGCUCUCCGCCCCCGCCCAGUCUCUGCCCCCGUACAGCCGGCUCUCUCCGCCGCAGCCAAUCGGCUCAGUGCAGCCCGCACUCCGGCGCAGCUCGUGUGGCGCACACGGCUCAUCCCCUCCCGGCGGCCGGGGAGCGCGUCUCUUCAGCCCGCAGCACUACAGGACACGGGGGUCCCAGUCCGAGCCGCAGCAUGUCGGGCCCCGGGCCGCAAGGGGAGAAGCGGGGGGAGGACUCUGGGGUGCUGCUGGAGUUGCUGGGGGACAAGCUAGUGACGGCGGAGCGGGAGGAGGUGGACGUGCAGUCUCUGGGCUCCCGGGUGUCCAUGGUCGGGCUGCUGUUCGGCUGCGGGAUGAGCGCUCCCUGCCUGCAGCUCCUGCCCAGCCUCAGCGACUUCUACUCCAAGACCCGGGACCGUCUGGAGAUCGUCUUCAUCUCCUCAGACCCCGACCAGAAGAAAUGGCAGCUCUUCCUCAAGGACAUGCCCUGGCUGGCACUGCCGUACCAGGAGAAGCAUAAGAAGUUAAAACUUUGGAAUAAGUACAGAAUUUCCAACAUCCCCUCACUUAUCUUUAUUGAAUCAUCUUCAGGGAAAGUUGUAUGUAGAAAUGGCCUCUUAUUAAUAAGAGAUGAUCCAGAAGGUCUAGAGUUCCCUUGGGGUCCAAAGCCCUUCAGUGAAGUUAUUGCAGGUCCUUUGCUCAGGAACAAUAGCCAGUCCCAAGAUAGUAGUACUCUGGAAGGCUCCUUUGUGGGUGUAUAUUUCUCUGCACAUUGGUGUCCUCCAUGUCGCAGCCUGACCAGAGUUCUAGUGGAGUCUUACCGGAAAAUUAAGGAGUUGGGGCAAAAGUUUGAAAUUGUUCUAGUUAGUGCUGACAGAUCUGAAGAAUCGUUUAAACAGUAUUUCAAUGAAAUGCCUUGGCUGGCUGUUCCAUAUAGUGAUGAGGCAAGAAGGUCACGGCUGAACCGAUUAUAUGGAAUACAAGGCAUUCCUAAUCUCAUUAUAUUGGAUCCAAAAGGAGAGGUCAUUACAAGGCAAGGGAGAGUAGAAGUUCUUCGUGACAUUGACUGCAAAGAGUUUCCGUGGCACCCUAAACCUGUGUCGGAACUGACAGAGUUAAAUGGCGUUCAGCUGAACGAGGGUCCCUGCCUUGUUCUUUUUGUAGACUCUGAGGACGAAGGCGAGUCAGAAGCAGCAAAGCAGCUUGUUCAACCCAUAGCAGAAAAAAUUAUAGCACAAUAUAAAGCCAAAGAUGAGGAAUCACCACUACUGUUCUUUGUUGCCAGUGAGGAUGACAUGACGGACUCCCUGAGGGAUUUCACUAACCUCCCAGAAGCUGCACCUCUGCUGACCAUACUAGACAUGUCUGCCCGAGCAAAGUAUGUCAUGGACGUGGAGGAAAUAACGCCAGAUAUUGUGGAGAAUUUCGUCAACGACUUCCUAGCAGAAAAACUGAAACCAGAGCCAAUUUAAUAAGAUCUUCAUCAGUAUUUAUGCCUUGCAUAAAAAGUUAUUAUUUAAGAACACAACUGCUUAUCCUCUUGCCAUAAGGAUUUUAACAUGUUAUCUCUCCAGAGAACGCCUUGUCAAGGUGCCUUUUGUGUCUUGGUUUUAAAAACUGAUGUCUACCAGAACUGUCCUGUUGCCAAAUGCCUCUUCAGAAAGCAUCACCAUGUACAGCACCAUCGUUACUUUGUAUUCCGAGCCUGGAUUUGUAUCUGCCACUUAAGUCAUCAGCACUAGACCCUAAACCUUUAUCAAUAAGAAUUCCCUUUAUUUGGGUUUCAUAUGAUAACUGGGUUUGUAGUAAAUGUUAUCUUUCAGAAUUGGAUUUGUUACCUGUCUGCACUAUCAGGUUCUAUCUACAUUUAUUAUGCAUUCACUUGUUUUUGUUUUUCACAUGCAGUUUUAUACAGUAUCUGUUUCCUUGGCUUGAUGAUUUUUGUAUGUCCUGGAACCUUGUGGUAUGGUGAACAGGGAUUCACACAUCAGUAUUCACUGCUCAUGUUUGAAUGGUAUUAGCAGUGCUGUGUCCAUGACUUGCCUGGCUUUCACAACUCCUACCAAUUUAUCGCUGACUUGCCAUUUUCUUUACUUGUGUUGUCACCAAGUGUUCACCUCUUUAUGUAAAGCACAAACCUGAUAAUCAUCUGUGGGUAUAACAUUGUUUUGUAUUUGGCAUUUACAGUAAUGUUACCUUCUGUAAAUCCCAGAACUAGAAAAGCGUGAGACCUUGUUAACAUAACAUUUUGGCCUUUCAUUGGAAGUAUAUAUACAUGCAGAGGACCACUAAUAUACCUUAGGUGGAAGGAGUAGCGAGUCUCACUGUAAAGAUAUACAGUAGGAUAUGCGGACUGCUCCGAGAAGAAGGCACUGUGAAGGGUCUAAUGAUGUAACUGUCCACAUGUGGAUAGUUACUGUAUAUGAAUAUUGUAUUUAUGGUACCUCUCCAUAUAGGGAUUGUUAAAUCAUCAGAAAUUCCCUGGGGAAGUCAAUCUUGUUUCCACUCUUCCUGAGCGACUUCCAGAGUUGUGUUACUGCUUACUUCAUUUACAUUCAAAAUGUGUUUGUCAGAUGGCUGUCUGUAGCACCCCCUCUCUGGACGAACCUUAGGAGGAAGAGGGUAAGAAUGUAUUUUUACUUCUGGUUCAGAAAGCUGCCAUACUUAGGCAUCUGUCACCUAUAGGCCAACAUGUUUAAAUUCUACUUUUAUUAGUUCCUGGAGGUAUGAAAUAGUGUACUCUACUAUGCUGUUCCAUACUUUGGCCAAAAAGAGACCAAAAAGACAAUUUUUUGGCCUCAAUCUGACAAUGGACUUGUUUAGUGUAUAAGUAAGGACCUUGCCCAAUGUAGGUGCAAAACCAGAUGUGAACAGGGCUUUAUCAUUUGUAGGAUUCAUUAAGUCCACCCAUCAUCAUAAGUUACACAUAAUACUUGGAAUGUUACCAUAACUUCUGCCCAACUGAUAAAUCUUCUUCAGCGACUUAUUGGCACAGUGUUUUUUGUUUUGUGUUUUUUUUUUUUUUUUGGACCUUGCAUUGAACAAGGUAUGCAAGUGAAUGUAACCUGGUGAGUGGAAACGUCUCUGACCAGUCUAAUCUGCUGUUUUGUCGUGUUUGUUAUUCUUAACCAAAACAAUAAUCUUAACAGGAUGGAUACUUAAAGUUGUGUUGUGACACUGCUAGAAGUGAUAUGCCUGGCUUCUUGCCCAGUCCGCUGAUCUACAUACCAUAUAGAAUAGAUUGAUGAUUCCAGGUAUUGGUUACUGUGUUCCCUAAACAAACAGAUAAAAUGGUUUCAAUAAAGUGGUCUUAUGUGUAA